AUGGACUUGGAUGAUGAGGGAAGGUUACUGAAUGUAUUUUGGGCUGAUGCUCGGAGUCGAGCGGCGUAUGAGUAUUUUGGAGACGUAGUAACAUUUGAUACAACGUACCUAACAAAUAGGUAUGGGAUGCCUUUUGCUCCAUUCGUUGGUGUUAAUCAUCAUGGUCAGUCCAUAUUAUUAGGAGCGGGAUUGCUUUCAAACGAGGACACUGAAACUUUUGUGUGGUUGUUCCGAAUGUGUUUGGAUUGUAUGAAUGGUCGGGCACCCAAAGCCAUGAUAACCGACCAAGAUCGGGCAAUGAAGAGUGCUUUUGCCAUUGUAUUCCCUAAAACUCGUCACAGAUAUUGUUUAUGGCAUAUAAUGCGCAAACUUCCAGAGAAGUUAGGAUCUCAUGCGCAAUUCAAUGCGGGGUUGAAGAUUGACCUUCAGAUUGCAAUAUAUGACUCACAUACCAACAAUGAAUUUGAGGAGAGCUGGGGUCAAGUAAUUGCGAAGUAUGAUCUCCACGGCAAUAAAUGGCUUCAAUCCUUAUAUGAGGAAAGGUCUUUUUGGGUUCCAGCUUACUUGAAAAGUGUAUUCUGGGCUGGAAUGAGCACAACACAAAGGUCGGAAAGCAUGAAUGCAUUUUUCGAUGGGUAUGUCCAUUCCGAUACCACGUUGAAGGAAUUCGUCGACCAAUUUAAUAAUGCUCUUAGAAAGAAGGUGGAGUUAGAGACAAUGGCUGAUUUCAAUUCUAACAACCAAACUAUUCCCUGCGUGUCCCAUUUUAAUAUUGAGAAGCAGUUUCAAAGGUUAUAUACAAAUGCAAAGUUCAAAGAGGUACAAAGAGAGUUGCUGGGCCUAAUGUGUUGUAAUUGUUCGUUGGUAAGCACAGAAGGGUGCAUUUUAAAAUACCAAGUGUUGGAUGAAAUAUCUACUGAUGACCACAUCAAAACACUCAAUUUCUGUGUUUACUAUAACGAAGAGGAGGUGGAGGUCAAAUGCACGUGUGCACUAUUUUAG